UAUAGAAUACACAUAUACAGUAUAAUGAUUAAAGUGAUAUAGCCGACCGGUAAUACUAUUUAGAUCACAGUCCGUUUAUUGAUGUACAAUCAUGGCUCGGGUGGUAUUUAACACGUCAAAUAGCCUACAGAGGUUGCAAUGGAUAUUCCAAAGAGCAUAUUCACAGGAAAAGUUCCCAAAAAUCACCACGCAUUAUACAGUCGUACCCAGAGAAAUAGAUUCAAGAUGGAAAGAUAUAAACAUGGAAAGAUAUGUAGAUGAGACCGAUAUUUUAAUUGUUGGUGGUGGCCCUGCUGGCCUGUCUGCUGCAAUUCAAGCUCGUAAGCUAGCUAAGGAACAUGGAAAAGAACUUCGAGUUACUGUUGUUGAGAAGGCCUCUACUAUUGGAGGUCAUAUUCUUAGUGGAGCUUGUUUGGAUCCAAUUGCUUUAAAUGAACUAAUUCCAAACUGGAAGGAAUUGGGUGCACCACUAAAUACUCCUGUCACACAAGACAAAUUUGCAUUUCUUACUGAAAAAGGCAGGAUACCGAUACCAAUUUUGAAAGGAAUGCCAAUGCAUAAUCAUGGAAACUAUAUCGUUAGAUUGGGCCAUGUUGUAGCUUGGCUUGGACAACAAGCAGAAGAUGCAGGAGUUGAACUAUAUCCAGGAUAUGCUGCAUCAGAAGUGCUCUAUCAUGAAGAUGGAUCUGUUAAAGGAAUAGCUACAAAUGAUGUUGGUAUUGCUAAAGAUGGUUCUCCGAAGGAUACAUUUGAACGUGGAAUGGAACUGCAUGCAAAAUGUACAAUUUUUGCAGAGGGUUGCCAUGGACACCUUAUGAAGCAGGUUACAAAGAAACUAAAUCUUAGAAGAGAUUGCGAAUCUCAGACUUAUGGUAUAGGGUUGAAAGAGAUCUGGGAAAUUGAUCCAAAAAAGCACAAACCUGGCACUGUUGAACAUACAAUUGGUUGGCCAUUGAGAAAAGAUACUUAUGGUGGUUCCUUUUUGUAUCAUCUUAACGAAGAUACACCUCUUGUUGCUAUAGGUUUUGUUGUUGGAUUAGACUACACUAAUCCGUACUUACAUCCGUUUAAAGAAUUUCAAAGAUUUAAACAUCAUCCAAGCAUUAGAUCUGUCCUUGAAGGAGGAACAAGAAUAUCGUACGGCGCAAGAGCCUUAGUUGAAGGAGGUUUUCAGUCUAUUCCCAAACUUCAGUUCCCUGGAGGUUGUUUGGUUGGUUGUACAGCAGGAUUCCUUAACGUCCCGAAAGUGAAAGGGACACAUAAUGCUAUGAAAAGUGGAAUGCUUGCAGCAGAAAGCGCCAUAGAAGCUAUUAUUGAUGCAGAAAACAAUCCUUCAUCUACUAAAGGUUUAGAACCAAAAACGUAUACUGAUAAAAUAAAAAAUAGCUGGGUUUACAAAGAACUGAAAACUGUUAGGAACAUAAGGCCAAGCUUUCAUGUUUUUGGAUUUUAUGGAGGUUUGAUAUAUUCUGGAGUCUCGAUGUUAAUUGGUGGAAGAGAGCCAUGGACUUUCUCUCACGAAGGUCCAGAUUAUAAAAAAUUGAAACCAGCAUCCGAAUGUACACCAAUCGAAUAUCCAAAACCAGAUAAUCAAAUAUCUUUUGAUUUAUUAUCUUCGGUAGCUCUGACCGGUACGAAUCACGAAGGUGAUCAACCUCCUCAUCUCACUUUGGCCGACGAUACUAUUCCAGUAAAAAGAAAUUUAGCAGUUUUUGCUGGACCAGAAAGUCGAUUUUGUCCUGCCGGUGUCUAUGAGUUCGUACCACUUGAAUCUGGAGAGGGAGAAAGACUGCAAAUUAAUGCACAGAAUUGCAUCCAUUGUAAAACCUGUGACAUCAAAGACCCCAGUCAAAAUAUUAACUGGGUUGUACCGGAGGGCGGUGGUGGCCCAGCCUACAAUGGGAUGUAAAUCGCAAUUGGCAAUUGUUUGAAAUUUUAUACAACGUUACAUAUAUACGCAAAUUAUAUUU